CCGCGUCCCUCCCCUCAGUUUCUCAGCGCAUCUCUCCGAGUCGUCCUCCCAUAUUUUUACCUCCUGUUUAUCAUUGAUAUUUUAUUUUAUUUUAUUUUAUUUUAUUUUAUUUUAUUUUAUUUUAUUUUAUUUGUCUCCUCUCUCUCCUCCCGUCCCCCCUGUGCCUCUCCCCCCAAGAUGUUAAAGCUAUCAGCCCUAUUGUGUAUGUGUGCAGUCGUCUUGUGCAGUGAGGCUCUAGCGGCAGCGGCAGCGGCAGCAGCCGCUGCCGCAGCAGCUGCUGUGGCCAGGUCGGACAGCGGUAAUUUUCUGGAUGAUAAACAAUGGCUCACCACGAUCUCCCAAUAUGACAACGAAGUCGGACAGUGGAACAAAUUCCGAGACGAGGUAGAGGAUGAUUAUUUCCGUACUUGGAAUUCGGGUAGACCCUUUGAUCAAGCUCUAGACCCGGCUAAUGAUCCAUGCUUAAAGAUGAAGUGUAGCCACCAUAAAAUUUGCAUUGCCCGGGGUCCUCAGAUGGCAAUUUGUAUUAGUCAGCGGAGGCUCACACACAGUAUGAAUGAAGCUGGAUUAAAUCACAAACAGUGGAGGGGUCCUGUUUCAUCCAGUUGCAAGCAAUGUCCAAUGGUUUUCACCAAUCCUGUUUGUGGUUCAGAUGGUCACACUUACUCUUCACAGUGCAAGCUAGAUUAUCAAGCGUGUGUCUUAGGAAAACAGAUCUCAGUCAAGUGUGAAAGACGGUGCCCUUGUCCUUCAAAUAAAUCCACAACUGUAGUCAGAAAUGAAAAGAGAGAGUGUGAUGAUUUGGAGUUCAGAGAGGUGGCAAACAGACUGCGUGACUGGUUCAAGGCACUUCAUGAAAGUGGAAACCAGAACAAGAAAACUAAAGCAUUACAAAGGCCUGAAAGAAGUAGAUUUGAUACCAGCAUUUUGCCCAUUUGCAAGGACUCCCUUGGUUGGAUGUUUAACCGACUUGACACAAACUAUGACCUCCUAUUGGACCAGUCAGAGCUUGGCAGCAUUUACAUAGAUAAGAAUGAACAAUGCACCAAAGCAUUCUUCAAUUCUUGUGACACAUACAAAGAUAGUCUGAUAUCAAACAAUGAAUGGUGCUAUUGCUUCCAGAGACAGCAAGACCCACCUUGCCAAAUGGAGCUCAGCAAUAUUCAGAAGCAGCCAGUGGUAAAGAAGCUCCUAGGGCAGUACAUCCCAAUAUGUGAUCAAGAUGGUUACUAUAAACCAACUCAGUGUCAUGGCAGUUCUGGACAGUGCUGGUGCGUUGACAGAUAUGGUAAUGAGGUAACAGGAUCUAGAACAAAUGGUCCAGCAGCAGACUGUGUUAUUGACUUAGAGACAUCAGGAGAUUUUGCCAGUGGAGAUUUUCAUGAAUGGACAGAUGAUGAGGAUGAUGAAGAUGAUAUGAUAAAUGAUGAAGAUGAAAUUGAAGAUGAUGAUGAGGAUGAAGGGGAUGAUGAUGAUGAUGAUGAUGAUGAUGAUGAUCAUGAUGGAUAUAUUUGA